UGUUAAGGUACCUGAGGCAGGUGUAGCUGGUCAGCGGCUUCCAGCGUUUGUCCUUCGCCCCACACAACCUGCUCGUAUAAAUUAGCUCCUCCCACCCGCUCAUAUCGGCCUUGCUCUCUCUUCCUGGUUCCGGAAGGUGGUUCUUGGUGAGGUCAAGGAAAAAGUAAGAUGCCCCCUCUAAUUUAGAAAGUCAACCAUGGCUUCUGUGAGGAAGGUGACGGAGAAGCGGCAUAACCCGGUGGACAGCAUCUGCAGAAAAAUCCGAGCCAUUCACAGGAGAGAGGAGAUUUCGGAUCCGGGUCAACACAUGAUCAAACACCAGGCCAGCAGCCUUGCUCCCCUUCCUGUGCCAGACCCUUGUUGCUUAAAUUCUGAGGGCUCAGAGGCCUCCUUUUUGAGUCCUGAAACGCUGUUGCUGAGCACCCCAUCUGUCUCUAACCUCCCAUCUCCCGAGAAGGCCACGAACUCGGGCUGUCCUACGAGCACUUCAAGGCUGAGUUCACAGAGGAAUCAGAGUUGGGCAUCCUUGGUCCGGGAAGGGGUCCGCUUCCGCCUAUUUGACCUCGACUCCAUGUCUGGGCAAAGUUGCUGGAGUUUCACUCCUCAGGAUUCAGUGGUGAGGAAGUUAACUCUGAAUGAAGAUGGAUGGAAAUCAGGAGCUGACGGGGGCCAAGAUGUACCACAUGGCGCCCACGGGGCCAGGGACAGAGAAAUCCUCACCAGUAUUUUUCGUGCGUGUGACACAGAAGGCAGGGGCUCAAUAGAAGUGGGCAAAGUAAUAGAUUACCUAAGACAGACAAGUAGCCAAGAUUUGGAAGACAGUGGCCUUGAGGAGCUGUGGACCAUGCUUGACCCUGAAAAGACAGACCCACAAGUGGAUCUGGACACUUUCCAUGCCGCUGUGAAGGAGUGGAUGGCUUACUGUAGACCCAAAUGGGAAGGCGUGAAGAGCAGGUUCAGUAGGACCACUGAAGAUUCUGUUUUUGAAAAGCAGGACAGCAUAAACUCAGUUGAGAUGACUACAGACAUAACAGAUUCUGCAACAGGGAGUUUGGAGGCUUUGGGUGGAGAGAUGUCUCAGGGAGUUCUAGAUGUGUCUGACUUAAUUACCUACAUAGCAGACCUACAUUUCCACAAACAGAAACUGGAAGAGGAAAAUUGUAAGUUUAAAUUGGCAUUGGAAACCUCAGAAGAAGCUAAUAUCCAGUUAACAGAGGACUGCGCUGAAUUACGUCUUCAAGUAAAAAGUGUCCGCCAAACUGUUAUGAGAGGAAACUUAUUAAAAGAAGAACUGGAGGAACUGAAAAUUACUCUGAGUGUUUUAGAAAAGGAGAAGAGCAUGACUGAAGCUCAGAACAAACAAUUGGAGACAGAAAACCGGGCUCUGAUUCUUAAGAUUCGGAUCCUACAGGAAGAGAAUCUAAAGAAUGCUUUGGAUAUAGAUGGACUGGAAAAGAAGAUUGAGGAAUUAUCUGAAACUGAGACAGAGCAUCAAAUGCAAUUACACACAUAUGAGAACACACUGCUUAAUAAAGAGGCAAGUAUACAAGAGAAGGAUUUAAGAAUAGGAGAACUAAAAUCAACCAUCAUAGAAUACAGAAGCAUCAUAGAGAAUUUACGAGGGGAGAAAAAUGAACUGGCUUAUGAGUUACAGCAGUUGCAACAGGAGCUCAUCCUAAAUGGGAUUCAGUUGAAUGCCGGUAGAGAGCCCAGCAGCGACCUCUCUGAAGGAGAAAAUUCUUUAUGUCGUGAGCUCAUCCUUGCCCAGUCAGCAGAGAACAAUAAAACUGAGUGCCAGUGCAGUUCAACCAGCUUGUCAUCCCUGGAUGCAGUGACAGACCAACAAAUACUGCUGUUCCUCAGACAGCCUGAACAAAAGGGAAUGGAGUUCACAGCUACACUUCAGACGCUGUUCAAAGAAAUGUCUGAUGUUGGAACCUUCAUUGAUAGUGCCUUCCAGUGGGUAACUAAUCCAGAAAUUACUCUCAAAGAAAAGUGGGUGCAGCAACUUACUGAAUUCAAGCAUGUCAAGAAAAAGAAGCUAAAUCUUUGCAGAUUAAGUCUGAUCAGCUUGGGAAAUCACAAAGAAUCUCUUGAUAAAGUGUUUGUCAAAUUAAUAGAGAUUUUGAAGGAAUUCAGGCUGGAAUAUCUUUAUUUCCAAAAAGAGUUUUUUUCCAGGUGCUCAGGAAUUAUAGGAAACCAGAUAGAAAUCUCUGCCUCCAUGAAAGAAGAGGUGCAAAUAACAAACAUAAUUAGACACUGUGAUGCCAAAAAGCGUCAGAAACAACUAGAAGCCAUCAAACAACUGCAAGAAGAUGCUGUCAACCAGGAAGCCAUCCUCAGGAAGAAGGUCCAAGAAGCCAGCAAACAGCUGGAGGAAGCCAAGCAGCAGGUGAAGGAUCGAGAGCGAACAGCUCACUCUGCCAGUGAAAAAGCUAAGUCUCUACCACAUGAACUAGAGGAAGCAAUUUUGGAGCAGCGGAACCUCCACACUAUAAAUACUGAGUUAUCGAACACUUGCCAGACCCUUGAGCAGAAGACAACACUGAAAACAACUAUUGAGUCACUUCGAAACCAGUUAAUUAAAGGACGACUCCAUGACCUGUUUCAGAAUGUUUUAGAUGAGGAAUCUUCUCACCACGAUCCCCUGUCCUCCACAGAAAAAAUUCAGCAGCCUUUUCAAGAAAAAUUGAAGCAUUAUUGUGGCAAACUACACUGGGAUCAGGAAGCAAGAAUUCACCAGACAUCUUUGGUCUUGAAACAUCCAGUCUGGUACACACCUCUGCUAGAUGCCUUUUAUCUGGACAGUUGCACAGUGAUUCUGAGGCUGGCACUGACAUCUUUCUCAUCUGUAGCCAGCCUAGUCCAUGCUUCAUGUGAAAGGGCUAAGAAUGGAGAAAUAAAGGAUGGUGCUUUGGAUGUGACUAGACAACCCAAGUGCCUCAGCCCCACAAGUGGCCCCAACCCGGGACCAGAUCGUUCGGGUUGCAUCAGGAUGAAUAAUGACCUAAGUAUGGAAGAGAAUGGUGUUGAACGCUCGUAUUCUGAGAGCCUGCCGCAGCCCAGGAAGCAUCGCACACUACCAUCGCCUGGGCACGCUUCAUCCACAGAGAGUACUGUAACUUCCAGUGAUUCUGGAUCAGAAAUUUUGCAUAUGGCUUCAGGUGACCUUGACUCCAGAUCCCCUUGUGAGAAACAGGAAACAAGAUCAGUGUCCACCAUGAUAGAGACCCAAGGCACCAGUGCAGCUCAUGAGAAUAUCACAUGCCAAGAUUCCAGGAGCAAGGGAAAAACUGUAUCUAAUCUGGAAGCCAAAGAGGAGCCCAAAACCAUAAAAGAACAUAGAAAAGAAUGUGCCGCAGGAGAGACUGAGGUUUCCUCUCCUCCGGUAGCCACUGGGAAAUCGCUUAACUUUAGACAAAGUGACAACACUUCUGCUAAUGAGAAGGAGGUGGAGGCAGAAUUUCUCAGAUUAUCUUUGGGGUUUAAGUGUGACUGGUUUACAUUGGAGAGAAGAGUGAAGCUUGAAGAGAGGUCCCGUGACUUGGCUGAAGAAAAUUUGAAGAAAGAAAUCACCAACUGUUUAAAGCUCUUAGAGUCUUUAACACCUCUGUGUGAAGAAGACAACCAGGCCCAGGAAAUCAUUAAGAAGCUGGAGAACAGUAUAACGUUUCUUAGCCAGUGCACAACACGAGUGGCCAGUAGGGCUGAGAUGCUGGGAGCCAUCAAUCAGGAGAGCCGGGUUAGUAAAGCAGUUGAAGUGAUGAUUCAGCACGUAGAAAACCUAAAGAGAAUGUAUGCCAAAGAGCAUGCUGAAUUAGAAGAACUGAAGCAGGUUCUUUUGCAGAAUGAGAGGUCAUUUAACCCUCUUGAAGAUGAAGAUGACUGCCAGAUUAAAAAGCGUUCGGCUUCUCUGAACUCCAAGCCAUCUUCUCUUCGAAGAGUGACUAUUGCCUCUUUGCCCAGAAAUAUUGGAAAUGCAGGAAUGGUGGCUGCAACAGAAAAUGACAGAUUCAGUAGAAGAUCAAGCAGUUGGCGGAUUUUGGGGUCAAAGCAGAGUGAACACCGCCCGUCGUUACAUCGAUUCAUUAGCACCUAUUCCUGGGCAGAUGCUGAAGAUGAGAGGUGUGAACUAAAAACUAAAGAUGACUCAGAAUCACCUGGAGAAGAAAUAGUCGAAAGGACGAGGAAGCCAAGCCUUUCUGAAAGGAAAAAUAAUCCAUCAAAGUGGGAUCUCUCUUCCGUCCCUCACACACUGGCCACGUGGGCAGGAAAUCUCGGGACCUCCGUAAGAAAGGCUAACAAGGCUCUUUGGCUGUCUGUUGCAUUCAUCGUACUGUUCGCAGCUCUCAUGAGCUUGCUCACGGGCCGCUUUUUCCAGAAGUCUGUGGAUGCCGCUCCCACCCAGGAAGGGGACUCCUGGAUAUCUCUAGAACAUAUCCUGUGGCCAUUUACCAGACUCCAACACCAUGGGCCACCACCGGUGUGACUGCAGCAAACCCUAUCGUAUGUGUCUUGAUUUUAACUUUCCAUACUAGGAACUUUUAGCUGGGAUUUCCCUUAGUAGAACACAAAAUCACAGGUUUUUGGAGAAACUGUAAGAUAUUUUGCAUCCCCACUUUUUGUGGUCACCUCCCCAAUUAUGAAACACAAAGGAGGAUGUUUUAAUGAGCUUUAAUGUUUUUCUACAAUGCAUCUAAAUAAAGAACUCUUCAAUUCUUCCUA